AUGCACGUCGCCCGUGCCCUCAUUCCAACGCUCUCUUCCGACAUCGAUGAGCCGCCAGGAGACAGCCCUUUUGAGGACCUCCCCGUCGACCAGGGCUCAUGCAGGUUGCUUGGUCCGACUGCCUUGGUUGUUCAGGGUGUGAUGGGUGUGCUGGUCAUCCUUUCUCUCAUAUACAAGAGGCAUAGGGAAAAGCCAAAACGUCCAUGGCGUAUCUGGUUGUUCGACGUCUCGAAACAAGUCCUCGGACAGCUAUUUGUGCACGGUGUUAAUAUCUUGAUUUCCGACGUUGGCUCUCAUCGCGUUUCCGGCAAUGCAUGCGUGUAUUAUUUCCUCAAUAUUCUCAUAGACACUACCCUUGGCGUCGCCAUAAUUUAUCUCAUCCUAUAUCUCUCCACCAACCUUCUCACUGUCAAGUUAAACCUCAAAGGAUUCGAAUCCGGCCAAUAUGGCAACCCUCCUUCCAUAAAUUAUUGGGCGCGUCAGGCCGUCGUAUACGUCUUGGCCAUUACCACCAUGAAGCUCCUCGUCAUUGCUCUCUUCGCGCUCUUCCCGGGCAUCUUCCAGAUUGGAGCAUGGCUGCUAACAUGGCUAGGACCGACAGAUGCGGUGCAGGUGAUAUUCGUCAUGGGCAUCUUCCCCAUCUUGAUGAACAUCAUCCAGUUCUGGCUGAUCGAUUCCAUAGUCAAAGCCUCAGCCAGCAGCGUCAACCUACCACCAGAUCCCGCUCGCCCCAGCGCCGACGCAGACCGGGAGCCGCUAUUCCGCGCCUCUGAAGAGGACGAUGACGACCACCACCAUGCUCGGUUCGACAUUGAGAACCAGCGCCAUUCAUCUUCCCGUUCCCGCUCUCGGGACCACGCCAAAUCUGAAACGCUUGAUCCAGGCGACACAGAUGAACUUAAGCCUUCCGCUUCCGGAUCCGCAACUCCUGCCACGGGGGAAACGCUAGUCGACGCCUAUGCUAUGCACGCAUACCCCCCCAGUCUGGUGAGCAACUCCACCUCGUCCUCGCGCCCCACGAGCGCCUCCCCGCCCCCAAGCACGAAGCGCAAAUACAAGCGCUCCCCUCCGCCCCCUCUCCUCCCCCGCUCGCCCCUCCAGCCUGCGAUCAACUCCCCUCUGCCGUCGACCGCUCAGCUACAGGCGCGCAGUGUGAAGGACAAGGAGAACGACGUGCGCCGUCGGGAAUGGGAGGCGUGGGACGAACCGGACGACUGGGCGGAGCGGGUGGGGGAGGAGGACUGGACGGGCAGCCGGAUCGGUGCGCGGAAGGGGGUCGUGGACGAGAUCUGGGCGAGUACGAGUCCGGUGGUGCACGCCCGAUAGGGUGUUGUCUGAAAUGGUUUAGCCAGAUAUUCUUGUUAAUGGAGAUUUAGUUUAUAGUGUAUAAUAGUAUCAUGCAGAUGGCUGUUUGUGUACAGGUUAUAAACGACAUUUCUUAUUUCUUG